AUUGGCUUACUUUUGUUCUCUCAAAUGAUGUCAUAUGCUUGAAGGUUCAUUUAGAUCAGAAUGGAAAAAAAAACAAAAAAACAAAUUUUCUUGUGAAACGUAAUGAAUUUAUAUUAUCUACAUCUAGAUCUUGCACAUUAUGAUGCGAGUUUUCAUUUAAGAAUCUAAAUUAAAACGAUUCUUGAAAUUUUCACCGGAAAUAAUUAAUCAGACACGUUUUGUUUGUUGUUUUUUUAAGCCUUGCGCCAAACUAAUUGAAAAUGAAACUCUGUAAGAUAAGAACCCGCUCCAGAUCUCUGGGAAGCAUCCAACUAUUUGAAAGAUGCCACAUCAAACUCUACACACAAAUAUAAUGCUGUGGAUUUAUUUAUCUAUCCAACGUAAUUGUUCAGCUUUAGGUACUCCCAAUGAUGAUCUCAUUAUUCAGGGAAACCAGCUGAACAUCACCAACUGCAUCGCGUAUUUCAGUGCCAACACAAGUUAUUCCUUGACUUUCUGCACUUACAAGCUGAGCGAGUCAAGGAUAGACAUCGUGCCACAAAAAGAUGAAGAGUCUCAGACGAAAAGUUCUAGCUUAUGCCUAGCUGCACGUCUGUACCUCAGAAGUGGAAGCAAUGUCUUACAAUUCCGCUAUGAAGGCAGCUGCGACCAGAGUCAGAGUCACAAUUGCAACCAAUCGUCUGGCGAAGUGGAAUGUACCAACUGUUCAGACAAACAGCAAUCUAUCGUCACGACCAAAACUCACCAGCUUGACUCUUACAGUUUUGUCAAGCUUCAUGUUAAGUACCUCAACGCCACCUUGUGUCCAGUCUGUGAUCCGCCUACAAGAGCACGUAAAUGGCUUACGGUGGAUAUACUGGUAUUUCUGUCGCUAUUUUUCAUGUGUAUUAUACUUGGUUAUACAUAUAAACAAGGCUGGUUUUGCUUUAAAAAAGAAGCAUUAGCCGUCGAGUCCUACAGUUCAGCGUCAAUGACUUUAGCAACGACAGCCACUACAGCGACGUCAUCCUACCAAACUAGCGCUGAUUCAGCCAACACAUCGCAUUCUACAAGUGAGACUUCCUAAACACACAGCCAGCCCCCACCCCCCACUUUGUUGUCAUGGUCUACCAUAGCUGUGAGGAUUGUUAUUUGAAAAUAAAGCCAUUUAAAAUUUCAUUGCUACAUUCCCAUGUGCACAUGCAGUAGGCUCUAUGUCGAUUCUAAAGAAUAAAAUGGCAUUUACUUAAAACCUUUUAAUACAUUCAACCAAGAAAGUUUGAGUCUCUUUUUCAUUAUUUGCUAACUUUAUCCUGUCCACUUAUGAAACAUAGAAUGAUGAUAUGCCAUUUCCUCCGAGCAGCAAUAGUCUCAAAUGACUGCCAGUGUGAAAGAGGCCGUUGCCCCUUACCACUCAUGCGCUAAAUGCAGCACUGUAAUAUGUACAGAGUGAGUAGUUGCCAGUUAGGAUUUACAUCUAAAUUCAACGUAGACUGAAGUAUUCCCUCCUCCCUUUUUUGUGACCCAGUUUAAGAACAGGCCCACGAGAUAACACGUUUGAAGCUACCAGUGGGCCUUAUAUGAAUAGUUUUGUGACACCUGUAGAAGUAAUGGCUAGGUAUAGGUUCUACUACACAUGAUGUACUUUCUUUGAAUUAGACAAUAACCCAUUUCAGUGAGCAUGGAGAGAGAGAGUCCAAUGGGAUAUUUGUUGACUGUACUCUUAUAUCGAUGUGUAAUCAUUGAAAAUAAAUGUAUUUAUAUAAACUA